AUGGAAUCAUUAAAAAAUUUUGUUCGAUACAGUUGGUAUUCAUCACCAAAAGUACGUACAAAUAUUAUAAAUGAUCUUAUUGAAUCAUUUAAAACAAAUCAAGUAGAUGAUCUACCAGAUCCUGCUUUAAAAAUAUUGGCUCAUACAAUUGGUCAACUUGUUCCAUUGUAUACAACAACAAAAUCACGUAUUCUUCUUAGUACACUUUUGGAUGAAGUUAUAAGAAAAUAUAAAGAAAGAAUUUUAAAAUUAAUUAUUAAUGCAUUCGAUGUACAAUCACGUGCUAUUUGCAAAAUACAUCCACAUCGAAAUGCACGAUUUCAGGCUGAUUAUGGUAUUAUAUAUAUGUCAAGGAUUGUAGUAGCAAGUAAUGGAAUAACCAUUGAAGAAGAAACCGAUAAAUUGAUUGUUCCUACAUUAACUGAACAUUGGGUAAUAUUAUUAAAAUCAAUAUCUGAACAUGAUCUAGCUCAUUUGGGUUUAAUCAGUUCACUUUUAUAUCGAUUUAAAACAAAAGAACCAACAUUAUAUGAACAAGUCAAAACCAUUGGUAUUGAUUCCUAUUCAAAAUUAAUUCUUGGUACACGAACAAAACCUUAUGAAACAGCAUUAAAACCUUGUAAUGAAAUUCUAAGUUCAAUUGAUAUUGAAACAUUUAAAACAAAAGUUUAUCCAGUACUUAAUCGUUCACUUCUUCGUAAUCCUGAAAUAAUUAUCGAAGCUGUACCAUCAUUACUUAGUAAUUUACAAUUCGAUUUAAGUUAUACAGCAAAUGAACUUGCUAAACUUUUAGCAGCACCAUUAAUAUCAAAAACUGAAAGCUUAGAAAUAUCUGCAUUAGCUUCAUUUCGUGCUCUUGUUAGACAAAUUUCAAAUGGUGAAACAACAAUUAGUAUAGUUCAAUAUUUAUUCAAUAUUUUAAAUGGAACUGAGUCAUCUGUCAAUAAAUUAUCAGUUAUAAGUCAACGUGAAAAUGUUUUAAGUGCAAUUGGUACAUUAAGUCGUUCACCAAGUACAAAUAUAUCACAAGAUGAUAUAUUAAAAUUAUUUGAAAAAUAUUUCUAUCCAAUGAUACAACAAGAAGUACAUGAAGGUCUUAUUUGUCAUAUGUUACAACAAAUGUCUAGUUGGUGUUCAAGAUUAACGAGUUCUAAUCAAACAUUAACAGACUUUUUUAAAAAAGGACUUGAACAAAAAACUAGUACAUCAAUUACACGUGCAGCUUAUCUUCAAUGUAUGUUGGUGACAUAUAAAGAGGAUAGUUUAACUACUUUAAUACCAUUACAUUCAACAUUAAUGGCAUCAUAUGAACGUGGUCUUAAUCAAUCAACAUUAAUUAAUUGUGUUCAUGAAGCAUUAUUAGCUGCACUUAUUAUGAUAAAUAUUGCUCAAAUGAAUUCUUCGUAUGACAGUAAAUUGACAACAUUAUGGGCAUCAUUAAAUGAUAGUAAACGACAAAUUUUUACAACGGAUAAAUUUCAAAGAGAAAUCAAUCAAGCUGGUUAG